AUGGCAGCCAGAGGCAAAAUCGAUUUGGCGGCUGCAUUCAAUGCGGCUCACGCAGAGGGCUGUGAGUGUUGCGUGCCCAAACAGUCUGCUCUGAAGCCUGGCUUCUGGCGAGACGUUGGUUUUGGUGAAGAGGCAGAGACUCCUGAAGGCGAGAGUCUCCGGAGGACUUUCCUUCAAGAGGUCGAGGAGGAGGCAGAGGCUAUGUCCCCGAUCGAGCGAACUGCCGCCAUUUUCGGAUGGAAGCGAGCCGGUCGGACUCCUAGACUGAAAAGGACAAGAUUGGAAAGAUAA